AUGAUCAGAGCUGUCUCGAGACGUACAGUGGGCAAUAUUCCAAAGCAGAGGUUUGCUUCUCUAGGAUUGCGUCCUGCUGGACGGUUUUAUUCCUCGAAAACUGGUUCAGAAGCGGCUCCGAAACCAAGCGGCAACCGAGGCAAGAUUCUGGCACUUUUAGGAGCCUUAGCCGUGGGUUCUACUCUUGUUUCAAUCUCGUACCAAAAAAAUGGGCCCGUUGAGUUUGUUGAAAAGGACAAAGUCACUGAAAAGUUAGACAGUGAGAAUGAAAGUAAGACCGGUUCACCUGCCUUUUCGGAAAAAGAUGUCUCUGUGAUUUUCGUGUUGGGUGGUCCAGGUGCUGGAAAGGGCACCCAGUGUGCCAAUUUGGUACGUGACCAUCACUUUGUGCAUCUAUCGGCCGGCGAUCUGUUACGUGCAGAACAAAAACGUGAGGGCUCCAAGUACGGUGAGUUGAUCAAACAUUACAUCAAGGAGGGCUUGAUUGUGCCCCAAGAAGUCACUGUUGCACUUCUCAAGCAGGCAAUCCAAGAAAACUUUGAUAAGGGCAACAAAAAGUUUCUCGUGGACGGAUUUCCCAGAAAAAUGGACCAAGCAAUUACUUUCGAAGAACAGAUCGUGCCCAGUAAGUUUACGCUUUUCUUCGAUUGUCCGGAAAAGGUUAUGCUUCAGCGUUUGCUAGAGCGUGGGAAAACCAGUGGUAGAACCGACGACAAUGUCGAGUCCAUCAAGAAAAGAUUUGCCACGUUUAUCGACACAAGUAUGCCCGUAGUGAAGCAUUUCGAACAACAGGACAAAGUGGUCAGUGUCAGUUGUGACCACAGUGUUGAACAGGUCUACGACCAAGUUAAUGCUGCUAUUCGUGAGAAGAUCGGCAGCUAA